AUGCUGAAAGAAAGUAGGCGGGUUCUUAUCGCUUUUAAAUAUGCCGUUCUACGAGGUUUGGAGCAGCAGCGUCGCCUGGAUGCCUUGGCAAAGGAGUCUUCUGCCAAAGACUGUCCGACCUGUACAAAUGAGGCAAAUAAACCCGAGGAGACGGAAGCAGCUGCAGCAAGUAACGACUUUAAGACAAGGCCUCCUGCACUUUGGUCAGCUGUGCUCAUUUGUUGGUCUCAUGGCUGCAAUCCAGUUGCUAUUGCCUGGCCCGUCCUCUUGUCAAGUGGGCUAUGGGUUCGAGUCCCAUUAGGGGUUCUUGCUGAUGUGGAUAACUUGAAGAAGAAGCCAAUGAGUCCGUUGGUCCAUGCUUGGCCAUUUGCGGAGACCAAACUUCUGGCCCCUGUUUCCUGCCGCCUCAACCAUGAUGACGGGAAAGCCCGGACAUUUAUUGCUUCAGUUGACAGUUUGUCUGUUGAUAAGGCUCUGCAAGCAGUUUCUGAGUCGUCGUGUCCAGAUUAA